AGGAAAUUGAAAUAUCAAUAAAUAAAAAAUAUAUAUGAAACGAAUGUCUUAUAUAAAUAAAUGAAAUGAAAAAUUUAAGUUAAACGUAAAGAAACAAUCAUAGCUAUACAUGCAUACAAAACAGUCAUUCAAACGAUAAUCUAAGAAAAUGAUGAAACAAUCGACUUUGUCUCGUCAACUUACGUAUCUUUAUAAAUACAUUCUUGAUUUAUUCGACUUUGUAAUGGCUAUUUAUCCUAUUAUAAAAAUCUCAUCUUUCUAUUUUAAAAAUAGAUCACUCUUUGUGAUCUCUAAUCUUUUUCUCGUACUUUCUUAAACUCCAUUAUUACUGCAUACGAGAUCAUUUUAUUUUUGUACACAUUUUUAUCUCGUGUAAAGAUUUACUCAAAAGAGGAUAAUGACGCGACACUUUCUGAUAAAUCAAAUCAAUGACGAUGACGAAUUAAUAUCUUAUUGUGAAGAAUGCAUUCGUACAUAUGUAUAUAUGUAUAUACGAUGCUAGUGAAAGCGUGUGUAAAAUGGUAACCAUUUAUAAAUAUGUGUUAUGGACAUUCGAUGGCAUAAGUAAUCUUAUAUUUCUCCUUUCACUAUGAUAUAUCGAGAUUGUGGUUAUGGAUAUGCUUAUCAUUAUGUUUGAAAUAUUCUAUAAAACGCUAGAUUAAUAAAGAGACUAUCAGACAAAAUUGAUUCUUAAACAACAAUAUCUAUUAGCUUACAUGAUUUUGCUCAUUAUACAGAUGAUUAAAAAAAUUUUAAUAGAAAGUAAUUUUCAUAUGUUUUUUUGUAUGUUAUAUUCUUUCUGUUUUUAUGACCAUAAAAUGCGAUAUUAAAAGAAAAGAAAAGAAAAGAAAAGAAAAAAAAAGAUCUAAAUUGAGAAAAGAAUUAAAUUAAAUAAAGAUCUAAAUUGAUCUAAAUACGAUAAAUCUAACGAUCGUUACUUUUAAUAUAUAAAGAAUAAUUUCGACAUUCUCUUUAGACAUUUAAAAUUGCUAUACAGAUGAUUUUGUUUUAUUAAUUUUUUUUAAGAAAAAGAAUUUCUUUUUUUAAUAAUAUAAUAUAUCCAAACAAUAAUACAUGUAUAUAUAUAAAAGAUGAGAAUUAUCUAUAUAUGUUUCGAUAAGUAUCGACGCGAUGGCGUGACUCGUAUCAUCUGGCCUCUUAUUUUUCUUCGAUACGACGUAAUUACUGUUUCUAUCAAAAUCCAGCCAUAUUGUUAUACUUUGAAAUUUCAAUCUCCCACUCCCGAGCAAGUGUACUUUGACGACGAUGUAAACACUGUGCACAUAUAUAAGCAAGGCGAAUGGAAAGAUUACGGUUCUUUUCGCUUUCAAUGUAAAACGUGAAAAAAUCUCGAUUUUGUUUUUAACAGGAUAAAAUUUGCGUGUCGACACCUUCCUUUGCGAUUAAUUUGAAUUCAUAUUACAUUAGAAUUAACACUAAUAAGUACCAUUGUACGUGAUUGAUACAUUAGAAUAUGCGAAAAAAUAAAAAUUGGGAAUAAAUCAUUAAAUGACAAAUUUCGUAAAAGUACACAUUCGUUGAUUUUAUUAAAAAUUUCAUUGAUGUUUAAACUUUUUUCAUUAAUCUUUUUCGAACGUAUAUUAAUAAGUUCAAUAUGAUAAUUAUAUAAAACAAUCCGAACUUGGGAGAUUCUAGGAACAGAAUUCUAGGAAUGGAAUAGAAUCAGGAAUUCUAGUUAUGAUUCUAUUUAAUUUGAUAUACAAAGUAUAUCUAGUUAUUUCAUGACCAGCAAAAAAUCUUUUGCGAACUAGCGAAUGAUAUAUUCGAAAGAAGAAGAUAAAAAGAAAUAGAUAGAUAAAAGAAAGACGUCUCUUAAAGACAACAUCUUGGAGAAUAAACAUAGCAAUAUAGAGAGUGACAACGGGAAUGUUUUUACAAUUGUCCGAUGAGGUAUAUAAUUCGCGAAAGACAGAAAUUCAUCAUCAAUGUACGAAGUUCCAUCCACGAUGAAGAUAUACUUGGCAUAUUUUCUUCUUUGGGGUUUCAUAAGCAACCAGCAGUCGGUUAAAGCUACGGAAGUUGAAUCUUCGGCAUCAGCAUUGGCUGAUGGCUCGAGCGUUAACAAUGACGCGGCUGUCCUUGACUCAAGUUCAUACAGUUGGUCGUCCGGUGAUGAUCAAAAGUCGAUUGACUCGAACUCGUCUAACUUGAUAAAAGCAAAAUCGAAUGGAGAGAUUUUAGCGAAGGCGAUUUUGAGCAAACCGGAUGAUCAUGUUCCAGAGAGCGGCGUAUCGUUGGAGGCGACGGCAGAGGCGCAAACGAAGGAAGAAUCAAAGGUUCAAGCUCGUGCCAUGGAGGACAAAGCGAAUAAUGAAGUGAAGGCGAGAGUGAAAGCCGAUGCCGAAGCCGAAGCCAAAGCCGAAGCCGAAGCCGAAGCCGAAGCCAAACCCGAAGCCAAAGCCGAACCCGAAGCCAAAGCCGAAGAAGAUAGAGCUCGAGUAAUAGCCGAAGCGAAAACUCGUGCCGAGGUCGAAGGUAGAGUGCAGACAGAGGUAGUUCGUCGAGCGUUGGCCCAGGCAAAAGCGGAAGCGAAGAUACAAGCGAGUAAGGCAGCGAAAGCAAAGGCUAAUGCUCUCGCGAAAGCGGAAGCUUACGUGAAGGCAUCUGUAGCUGCUAAUAAAGCUGCCGCGGAUGCGGCCGAGAAGAUGAAAAGAACUGUAACUGCGCGAAUGGAGGCUACUAUGAAAUCAAUCGCCGCCCAAGCAGCACUUUCCGAUGAAGAGAUGGCAUCUAUGCGUGCAGUUGCCUUCGCGGCUGCGGUCCAGGCUGCCCAAAUGCAAGCCUUGAUUGCCGCCCGAGCUGGGGCUAUCGCACAAAAAAAGAGUUUCUUUCAGGCUUUAACAGCGAGCAAAAUAGUCACGGCGAACGCACUUGCUGCCAAUAUAGUUGAAGGCAAAGCGAUCGUCGCUAAACAGAAAGUCAACGAAGCUACGAACGAAACUCAAGCAGCUAUUCUAGUUCAAUCGAUGGCCAACGACGAAAUGUCAACGGCAACCUUAGUUCAAAAUGAAGCUUUACCGGCAGCCAUUACCACAAAUGUUUUGCAAAUCGCCGCACUCACGGAAGCUAAUGCCGCGUUACAGGAUAUUCUUGCGGUCGAUGUUCGUCAGGCGGAACUUUCGAUCCCUGAAAGAAAUCCUUUGAAAUCAUUUAUCCCAAUUGAUUACGAGGAUUGAUUUAUAUCCUCCUUUACAAAACUAUUGAUAUAUGCUCUCUCUCAUGAGCAUUAUGAAAUACAGUUGUUAAGAAAAACGAACUUUUGCAUAUUCAAUAAAGCGAAAUCGAAAGUAAAUCGAAAACGAA